AUGCUGUACCUGCAGCAAGUGCUGAACGACAUCCGGAAGGAAUCGAAUCCUCCAAAGUCGUUGCGAGCUGAACACCUCUUCAAGCUGAACGAGGCGGUCUUCAACUUGUCCGAGGAGGACGCAGUGGACGGGCCCUUGGCCGUGAAGCUCUUCCAGGCAGUGGAGCGGAUCCACACUGCCUAUAACACCGGCAAGUAUGACAACCAGGAUUCGAAUUUCUUCUACGAUUACUUGGCCCUGCUGGGCACAAUGCAGAAUCAGCACUUCUUCAGCCAGAAGCAGACAGAAAAGAUGCUCGGCUGGAUCAAGGAGGUAGUUGAUGGAAGUGGGAUGUUGGGGGAGUCCACAGACUCGAAGAACUUGGAGGUCGAGAACGAGAAGCUCAGAAAGAAGCUCGCAAAGUACGAGGGAAUGGUUCAGACCCUGAAAAGCAUCGAGACGGAGCCCAAGUCGAAGGCAAGGGCCAAAAAGAAAGAGGCCGAGGCCGAGGAGCCGAAGCCACAAG